AUGGACCAGGAAAAUCUCACCCAGGUCUCCGAAUUCCUCCUCUUGGGGCUUUCAGAGGACCCCAAGGAGCAGCAGCUGCUCUUCAUUCUCUUCCUGAGCAUGUACCUGGUCACGGUGCUGGGGAACCUGCUCAUCGUCCUGGCCAUUGUCACUGACACCAGGCUCCACACCCCCAUGUACUUCUUCCUGGCCAACCUGGCCUUCGUGGACAUCUGCUUUACCACCACCACAGUCCCCAAGAUGCUGGUGAACCAUAUAACAGGCCGCAGGGGGAUCCCUUAUGCCGGCUGCCUGACCCAGACCUUCUUCUUCAUCCUAUUUAUUAGUCUCGACUGCUUCCUGCUGCUGGUCAUGGCCUAUGACCGCUACGAGGCCAUCUGCCACCCCUUGCACUACACCACGUCUGUGACUCCACAGCUCUGCAGCAUCUUGGUGGGGGCAUCCUGGACUGUAUCUUUUGGGAAUUCUUUCGUACACAUCAUAUUACUGAGCCGACUCUCCUUCUGCACCCACAACCAGCUGCGAAACUUCUUCUGCGAACUCAACACUCUGCUGAAACUGUCCUGCUCCAACACUUACAUCAACAAUGUCGUGGUGAACUCCGAGGGGUCCUUGACAGUCAUAUUCCCUUUUUUGGGAAUUGUUGCUUCUUACAUACUCAUCUUUACAGCUGUAAUAAAAAUUCCAUCGCGAACAGGCAAGCAGAAGGCUUUCUCCACCUGCGGCUCCCACCUCUCUGUGGUGACCCUGUUCUACGGGACCCUCAUUGGGGUGUACUUCAGCCCCACAUCCUCCCACACAGCCCAGAAGGACACGGUGGCUGCGGUGAUGUACACGGUGGUGACCCCCAUGAUGAACCCCUUCAUCUACAGCCUCCGGAACAAGGACAUGAAGGGAGCAUUCAGGGCCCUGGCCAGCAGAAGGCCAGUUCUUACUCACUGA